AGGUAUGUAAAUGAACACAAUAUUCAUCAUCAAAAUUUCAUCAAAUUAUCAAAUUUGUGAGUUGUUAUUAGUUUACAAAAAAAUAUGGUUUCUAAGGUUUUUCUGCUAUUGUCUCUUUUGGCUAUAGUUUUCCUCAUCGCUUCUGAGGUUGCAGCUAAAGAUUUGACUCAAACUUCCACUAACUCAGAAGGAAUUAAGGAUAAGAAAGUUGACACCAAAGUAGAGGAUGCCAAGUACGGAUACGGUGGAUACCCCGGCGGAGGAUACGGUGGCUACCCAGGUGGUGGUUAUGGAGACCGAGGUGGAGGAUAUGGAGGCCGCGGAGGAUACGGAGGCCGCGGAGGAUAUGGAGGCCGAGGAGGAUACGGAGGAGAAUGCGGGCGUUACGGUUGCUGCUACCGUGGAUACAAUGGUUGUAGAAGGUGUUGUGCUUAUGCUGGUGAGGCCGUUGAAACACACGUUGAAAACAAGCCUCAUAACUAAGAACUAAUAAUAAUAGGCCGGUCUUUGGUUUGUUUAUCAUUAAUUAAGCUGCUUAAUUACUAUGUAAUCGUAUGAGUGGAGUUGUGUUAUUAUCUAAUACUACGUACUAUGUACCAUGUAAUAAUGUAUGGUGUUUGUGCGAAGUUUAAAGAGAAUGUAAUAUGAAAAUGUUUUAAUAAUGUAAUAUGCAUCUUUCCUUUUUC